AUGCAUAUUGAUCCUUGGUUUUUGCUCUGUUCGAAAGUUGUAUUGGAAAGUGUGUUGAUUGAUAGAGGGUUGAAGGUUUUAGCCACUGGUUGUCCAAACUUGCGCAAAUUGGGGCUUGUUGGUGGUAGUGAAUUGGGGUUGUUGAAUGUGGCUAAGGAAAGUGAGCUUUUGCAAAAACUUGAACUGCAUAAGUGCAGUGACUGCAUUUUCCAAGGAAUUGCUGCGUUUGAGAAUGUUCAAAUACUGAAGUUAGCUGGGAGUGUUGAUAGGUUCUUUACCUCUUUGGUGACAGAUAUUGGGCUGACUAUUGUAGCUCGAGGCUGUAGAAGAUUGGUGAAGCUUGAGCUUAGUGGGUGCGAAGAAGGGAGUUUUGAUGGGAUUAAAGCCAUUGGGUAG